AUGAUUGCCUACAAGGAAUUUCUCCAUCCUCUUUCUACUCAUUCAGUGCUGCUCGUAUCAUUGUUCACGGCAGCGUCUGCUUGUUUGGUCCUUCUAGCUCACACUCUCAUCUCCAAACGCAAGACCAUCAAACGCUACCCAUCAUCACCACCUCCCGAACCUGUAAAGAAAGCAGCACCAGCAGAUUAUACAACCGUAUACCCUCCCUCUCAACGCCAAGCUCUUCCCGCAGGCUUCUCUCCCGAAGAUGUAGACCUCUCCGCAGCACCCAGACCUCUGUUAAGACUCGACGAGGACUAUCGUCGUGCCAAUCCUAUCACAUAUAACUUCACCGGAUUUAGUGUAGAUGAGAUUCGACGUCUGGGCGAUUUUCCAGAUUAUGCGACAUUGUCGGGCGUUCCUUUGCCGGAGCCGUUGAGAAAUUUUAAUGUUGAUGCAGCGAUGCCGAGACCGUAUCGGCCGUUUCGUUGGGCUUAUCAUCAGACUAUGUCAUUGAAGAAGUUGGACCCUGACUUUUGGUUGGAGAUUGAGAGUACAUACCGCUCUCGUAUCGCCCAACGUCAAGACCUCUACGCAAAGCACGGCAGCGACGUUCUGCAAGCUCUUCCAGGUUCUGAACUUGCGUGUAAAGAGCUUAUGGAGAUGGUCAUCCAAUUCAUUUGCGCACGAUACCCUCAAGUUUUUGAACUUCAUGGAAGAGUCUUUGUGAAUCACAUUUUGGGUGUUAAACAGGACCUUGAUCAUAUUGAACCACUGCUGUUCCUUCUCAAUCAUGUCCCAGAGGACUUUGCGCUUACCCUACGAGACCCCUCUACUGGACGCUAUUGCUUCAGGGCUGGUGUGAUUUGUUCGUCGGUGGGAUGGAAGUUGAGUGAGAAGAUUGGACUUGGACUGCCGGAGAUACAUGCCCCUGUGCCUGAUUACAAGGAGAAGAUGGAGUUUAGCAUGGACCGCUUCUUCACCAAAAUGCCAACAAACGCCCCCAUCCAACGCGGCUCCUGGGGUCUAGAAAUGCACCAACCACUCUUCAUCCCCUCCGAAGACCCCGAAUUCCAAACCCGUCUCCAUCAAUCCCCAACCCUCGCCGAACGCGACGUCCAUCUACGCGUAGACUGGCAAACCCUCCGUCGCCUUCCGCUCUCAGGCGCAAUCGUGUUCAACUUUAAAGCGCUCUUCACACCUAUGUCAGAGUUUAGAGAUGAGCCGUAUAUUCCUGCGCUUGUACUCAAGGUGCUAGAGGAGGGUAAGGAGAAUAUUAUGCGGUAUAAGGGGACGUGGCAUGUUGAGCAUGUUGCGAAACCGGCGCUUAGGAGAUGGGCGAGGGAGCAGGUUGAGAGGGGACUUGUGGAGGAAGAUUGGAAGGUUGGGACGCUGGAUGAGAAUCCUUUCUUUCCUGGGUGGGAGAGGAAGUGGAAGAUGAGUUGA